AUGAAUCUUCGUCAACAAAUUACUCAAUUCUUAACUCUUGCAUAUGUUUUUUCUUCAGCUUUUAUGCUAUGGAAAACUUUAUCAGUGAUAGCUAAUUCUCAUUCACCAAUUGUUGUUGUAUUAUCAGGAUCUAUGGAACCUGCUUUUCAAAGAGGUGAUAUUUUAUUUUUAUGGAAUAGAGAAAAUAGACAAAAAGUAGGAGAUAUUGUUGUUUAUGAAAUUGAUGGUAAAUCUAUUCCAAUUGUUCAUAGAGUUUUAAGAGAACAUCAUAAUAAUGAAAAACAAUUGUUGUUAACUAAAGGUGAUAAUAAUGCUGUUGAUGAUUUAUCUUUAUAUGCUAAAAAGCAACAAUAUUUGAACCAAAAAGAAGAUUUGGUUGGUACUGUUAAAGGUUAUUUGCCAUUCAUUGGUUAUGUUACUAUUUUAAUUAGUGAAAAUGUUUAUUUCAAGUACGGUAUGCUUGGAUUAUUGGGAUUAUCUGCAUUAUUUUCAAAUGAAUAG